AAAAUCCGUAGUGUGAUGUGAGAUUUGUGCAAUGUGGCCACACCCCCUAGCCCCCAAGAGUGAAGCUGGGGGCGGAGCGGGUGGGCGACAGCUAGGGAGGCUGCGGCAGUGGAGGCGGUGGUGGCAGAGAGAGCAGCGGCAGCGGCGGAGGUGGCAGCAGCAGCAGAGGCGGCGGCAGCGGCGGAUCGUUUUCCGUAGCAGAGACAGCCCCGCAGCGCGGGUAGCCCGCAGUCCGUGUAGUCCUAGGGCGGCAAUUGGAUUUCCAGGCUUUUUUGAAGAUGUCGGUAGUGGGUUCAGUCAAUGAAUGUCUAGAGCUUCAGCUGCUAGAGCUGGAAAUGUUGUUUUCAAUGUUUCCGAACAAAGGAGAAGUCUGUCUUGAGGAUGCUAAUUCCGUGAGGCGAGUGAGGUCCUACUUGAAAAAUCCGAAUGGACCCCUGCCCCCCAGAAUUGGGUUUGUAGUUAUGGUCUAUACAGACUUUGAGGGGGACGUUGAGUUGCAGGUCGCCUUUCCUCACAACUACCCCAACGCCAAGCUGCAGCUCUUUGGGCGCUCCUACUCCCUUGACCGGCAGCAGCAGCUGCAGCUCAAUAAAGAUCUCACCGCCUACAUCACCACCUUUGAUUCCGGAGAGCUGUGCGUGUGUGCGGCCGUUCAGUGGAUAAGGGACAACAGCGCCCCCUAUUUCCGGAAGAGCAAGCUCUUUUCUGAGCCUGUGGUGAAGCGCAAGAUCGUGAAGACCAUGUUUCACCGCAUGUGGAUCUACAGCCACCAGAUCUGUCGGCCGGAACUGCGGAAGAGGAUUCUGGACAGUGCAAAACGUCAAAGUCUCACCGGGUUUUUUAUGACAGGGAAGCCAGGUAUAAUUUGUGUGGAGGGCACGAAAGAGCAGUGUGAGGAGUUCUGGCACACUAUCCGCUAUCCCAACUGGAAGCACAUUUCCUGCAAGCAUGCGGAAACUGUGCAGGUAGAGGGUAACGGGGAUGAGCUGCGGAUCUUUAAGAUCUUUGAAGAGUUGCAGUUUGAGAGCCAUAAUGGUCAUGGUUUCAGGCAUGAUUACCACAUAGAUCUGGGCAAGUUCUUGGAAUUCCUCAGAAAGCAUCAGAGUGAACAUAUUUUUCAGAUUCUAUUUGGCAUUGAAAGCAAACAUUCCGACCAUUAGAAAUAUGUUCACAGAGCAGCAGUUGUAAUUUUGCAAGUUAUUCCACUAAGAAUAAAAACUUGAGUUUAAAUGGAAUUCCGUUGAUAUGUUAGCUGCUGCAGUCUAGAAGUGAGUUUUUUGUUUGUUUUUAAUCAUCCUUUUUUGGGGUAGUAAAGGAGGUGUGCAGUAUCAACCUGUUACUUUCAUUAGGAAACUCUCAGUUGAAAAGUUCCUCCUCUGAUACAAGUCAAUACCAACUCUAACAUUUAAUCUUGAGAGGUUAUGGAACUUGCCCAUGAUCACAAAGCUAAUAUAUUGGAGAGGCAGAUUUGAACACUGCUCUUCCAGACUUCAAGGCCAGCCCUCUAACCAUUAGGCAAUGCUUCCUCUUAAAAACAGUGUGCCUCAUUUGAAAGAUUAAUGACUUUUUGCCCCCUCAUGCAUUUUUAGCACUAGGAUGCUUUGCUUACUGAGUAUCUGGAUCAUUAGGCACCCUCUGUAGCCCUGUUUUAUGUUCCCUUUAUGAUGUACCACCAAACACAGUUCAUGCUAAGUACAAUGUAGAUAUGUAGAAAUAUGUGUUUGUGGAUUAGUGUGAUUGCCAUUGAGCACCCAUUGUAAAUACUUAGUUUGGGAUUGUUAACAGCUCUAGGACACCAUGACCAUCACAAGAAAUCUGUUGUACUCUGACCAACUGCAAGGUAGGGAACUUUUAUGCAGGUAAAGAAGAUCUGGGGUUCUUAAAUGGUUGCAGGCGCCUUCUGGUUCAUUCUAGACCCCGCAAAAGUACCUGAAAGCAAGAGCAAAUUCACCCCAUCUCAUCUAUGUAAACAUUGGGUAUUCUUGCUGAAAUGCACUGACUGUGAAAUUCUUUAUUAAGGGAGAUGCAAAAUUAGCUCACAGCUUGGAGAGGAUAAGGACAGAUAAAAAUUAAACCGUUAUGGUGUUAUGAAGAAGAAAGGAAGACUAAACUAAUGUCCUAACUAACUUAAGUUGAGAUUGUAAUAGCAAACAAAUAAAAGGAACAGAACAUUUAAAAAAUAAUAGAAAAUGUGUAAUAUGGGCAUGAUCUGGCAGAAUUUUAUUCCAACUAAUUUCUUGGACUGAUUAUCUCAGUUUAGAACAUGGUGCUAACCAGCAGCCCAUUGUUGUGAGUUAAGUCCUAAGGCAGGACAGUAAGCUUCCUACCCUGUUAGCAUGGCUAUAAGCUGGAAUUGUGUCUUUGGCCAGCCCUUUUGCAAGGAUGUAUCAUAUGGUAGCAUCAGUAAAUCCAUAUUAAAUGGUGUGAAUGAGUAGCCCAACAUCAUGCAGGAUUGGUGUCGGGAAAAGAACAUUAAAUUUGGAGUCAGAAGAUCUGAUUUUGAAUCCUUGGUUUGCUCCUUAAUAUUGUGUUCCCUUAGGCAAAGUCCUUUAACUUCCCUGGGAUUCAGUUUCUUCAUCUAUAAAAUUAUGUCCGGCUAUCCUAGAGGUUCUUAACCUUUGUGUUAUGGACUACUCUGGUGAAGCCUUCUUAGAACAAUUUUUUUUAUUGAAUAAAAUAGAAUAUAUGAAACUAUAAAGAAAACCAACUAUAUUGAAAUAAUUAUCAGAUUAUUUUUUUGAAAACAAAUUUGCAGACUCUUGGUUAAGAACUUGUGAGUUGAUAUAGCUCAUCUAGCUCUAAAUCCUAAAAUAAUCUGACAAUUUAGGAAGAUGGGGGGAGGGAGAGAAGGGGAGGGGAAUGCUUGUUUUAAGUGUCAUGUCUUUAUACAAAAAGCUGUUCACUUUUUAUUACAUUUUCAAAGAAUCAUUUUUCAGAUUUUUUUCUGUAAGUGAAAAUAUGUCAUGUAGUAGGUGAAUUUUUUCAUAUAGUAUCCUUAAAAUAUCAAAAGUGUACUUAUUACUCAUAAAUGUUCAACUAAAUGUACUUGUUUUCUUGUCUGUUGAAUGGGCAACAAUAUCUGCUAUUUGCCUACUUGAGAUAUAUUAUUAGUAAAGCAAAAAGUACUUGUCAAUUUUCCUAGUACAAUUUGUCUGGAUUUCUUCUUUCUCCUCCUCCCUUUUGUAAAUGUAUUAGUGUAUGUGUUAUAUCUUGCUUCCACUCCCCACUUCCUCUAAAAUGUAACAUCCCUGAGAACAGGGACUGUCAUUUUUUAUCUUUGUAUCCCCAGUACAAGUAUAUUUAGUAGUAUCUGUGUAAUAAAUGUUGCAUUGACUCAAA